GACAAAAUGAUUUCAGGUAGUGAUAAGGUCUAGGAAAGACAGUAAAUGUUUGAUAAACGAAUGGAUUAACGACACCAUCGAAGUCUAUGGAAAGAGAUGAUGGUGGCCAGGGCCAUAGCAAUAAAGAAAUGAAUUUGGGAAUGUUAGAGGCAGGGCCGAAAGAAAGCUUCCAACCAUGUAUUUAUUCAUUUAACAAAUACUUAUGGGACAUAUAUUCAUGCCAGGUGCUAGGAACAUAUGAGACACAGAUUUCUAAAUAGACAAUACAGAAAUAAGUCUAAUAAAAUGUCAGGUUUGUUGGACAGUGAUCAGGGCUUAAUGUAGGGACAUGGGAAGGAAAGUCUAUGAUUUGAAAUGGAGAGAUCUGGGAAGAUUUCGUGAGAAGGUGACACUGAACAAAGAACUGUUGGAGGUGAGGGAGUUAGCCAUGAAGUUGCUUGCCUAAGGCGGAGAAGCAGCAUGUACAAAGGCCCUGUGGCAGGAUUUUGAGGUAAAAUUCUGGGGUGGCCUGGUGUCCUGGAGGAACAGUCCCUGCGUGGCUGGAGGAGAGUGGGUGAGGGAAAGUGGUGAGUGGAAGAGGUGAGGAACGUGUCAUGUAGGGCCUUGUUGGCUGCAGGGUGGUGGGCUAUAAGAAGAGGAGAGACAUCAUGGCUUGCCCAGAUGCUCACAGGUGUGCGCCUCCGUGGGGAGGACAGACUGUGGGGAUAAGGGGAGGGUAGCCUGGGCACCAAGGUAGAGGAGGCUAUGCUAGCUCAAGCUGAGAUGUUGGGUGCCAAACCAAGGCGGAGGCAGAGGAGAGAGGGGUCAGAAGAGAGCAGACGUUGAGUAUGUUGCCGAGGUCGUACUGCUCAUGGAUUGGAUAUGGAGGAAGGCGACAGGCCUCAGUAACUCCACCAGCAGCCUCCCACUCUCCGGGGCCCAAGCCUGUGUUGAGCUGGUGGGGGAAAGAGAUGCCAGGCCCUGCAUAGAAGGGGCUGGGCAGCAGCUGCUCCCGCCCCCCAUGGCUCCUCCUCCUCCACCCCCUCUCAGGGCGACAGUUACAGGCAAAGAAGAGGAAGUGGUAGCUAGCUAGCAUAGGCAGGCAGGCAGGCGGUGGAGGCCGCAAGGGCGCGAGGGCUGACCCGGUAAGGCAGCAGCCAUGGAGCUGUGGCGCCAGUGUACCCACUGGCUGAUCCAGUGUCGGGUGCUGCCGCCCAGCCACCGUGUGACCUGGGACGGGGCCCAGGUGUGCGAGCUGGCACAGGCCCUCCGGGAUGGCGUCCUUCUGUGCCAGCUGCUCAACAACCUGCUGCCCCAUGCCAUCAACCUGCGUGAGGUCAACCUGCGCCCCCAGAUGUCCCAGUUCCUAUGCCUUAAGAACAUCCGUACCUUUUUGUCUACCUGCUGUGAGAAGUUUGGCCUCAAGCGGAGUGAACUCUUUGAGGCCUUUGACCUCUUCGAUGUACAGGAUUUUGGGAAGGUCAUCUACACCCUGUCUGCUCUGUCCUGGACCCCGAUUGCCCAGAAUAAGGGGAUCAUGCCCUUUCCCACUGAGGAGGAGAGUGUGGGUGAUGAAGACAUCUACAGUGGCCUGUCUGACCAGAUCGAUGACACGGUGGAGGAGGACGAGGACCUGUAUGACUGCGUGGAGAACGAGGAAGCGGAGGGUGACGAGAUCUACGAAGACCUCAUGCGCACGGAGCCCAUGCCCAUGCCGCCCAAGAUGACGGAGUAUGACAAGCGGUGCUGUUGCUUGCGGGAAAUCCAGCAGACGGAGGAGAAGUACACGGACACGCUGGGCUCCAUCCAGCAGCACUUCAUGAAGCCCCUGCAGCGGUUCCUCAAACCUCAAGACAUUGAGAUCAUCUUCAUCAACAUCGAGGACCUACUUCGCGUACACACUCACUUCCUAAAGGAGAUGAAGGAAGCUCUGGCCGCCCCGACUGCGCCCACUCUCUACCAGGUCUUCAUCAAAUACAAGGAGAGGUUCCUCGUCUACGGCCGCUACUGCAGCCAGGUGGAGUCGGCCAGCAAGCACCUGGACCGCGUGGCCACAGCCCGGGAAGAUGUGCAGAUGAAGCUGGAGGAAUGUUCUCAGCGAGCCAACAAUGGGAGGUUCACGUUGCGGGACCUGCUGAUGGUACCCAUGCAGCGGGUGCUCAAGUACCACCUCCUUCUCCAGGAGCUGGUCAAACACACGCAGGAUGCAGUGGAGAAGGAGAACCUGCGGCUGGCUUUGGAUGCCAUGAGGGACCUGGCACAGUGUGUGAACGAGGUCAAGCGGGACAACGAGACACUGCGGCAGAUCACCAACUUCCAGCUGUCCAUCGAGAACCUGGACCAGUCUCUGGCCCACUAUGGCCGGCCGAAGAUUGAUGGGGAGCUCAAGAUCACCUCAGUGGAGCGGCGCUCCAAGAUGGACAGGUACGCCUUCCUGCUCGACAAAGCUCUUCUCAUCUGUAAGCGCCGAGGGGACUCUUACGACCUCAAGGACUUUGUGAACCUGCAUAGCUUCCAGGUUCGAGAUGACUCCUCUGGGGAGCGAGAAAACAAGAAGUGGACUCAUAUGUUUCUCCUGAUCGAGGACCAAGGUGUCCAGGGCUAUGAGCUGUUCUUCAAGACACGAGAACUGAAGAAGAAGUGGAUGGAGCAGUUCGAGAUGGCCAUCUCCAACAUCUACCCCGAGAACGCUACUGCCAAUGGGCAUGACUUCCAGAUGUUCUCCUUUGAGGAGACCACGUCGUGCAAGGCUUGCCAGAUGCUGCUGAGAGGCACCUUCUAUCAGGGCUACCGUUGUCAUCGGUGCCGGGCACCUGCACACAAGGAGUGUCUGGGAAGGGUCCCUCCGUGUGGCCGACAUGGGCAAGAUUUUUCAGGAACUAUGAAAAAGGAUAAGCCACAUCGCCGGGCUCAGGACAAAAAGAGGAAUGAGCUGGGUCUGCCCAAGAUGGAGGUGUGUCAGGAGUACUAUGGGCUUCCUCCACCCCCUGGAGCCUUUGGACCUUUUCUACGGCUCAACCCUGGAGACAUCGUGGAGCUCACCAAGGCUGAGGCCGAACAGAACUGGUGGGAGGGCAGAAACACGGCUACCAAUGAAGUUGGCUGGUUUCCCUGUAACAGAGUCAAGCCCUACGUGCAUGGUCCCCCUCAGGACCUGUCUGUUCAUCUCUGGUACGCCGGCCCCAUGGAGCGCUCAGGGGCAGAAAGUAUCCUCACCAACCGCUCAGAUGGGACGUUCCUCGUGCGGCAGAGGGUGAAGGACACAGCAGAAUUUGCCAUCAGCAUUAAGUAUAAUGUUGAGGUCAAGCAUAUUAAAAUCAUGACAGCAGAAGGACUGUACCGGAUUACAGAGAAGAAGGCUUUCCGGGGGCUUACGGAGCUGGUGGAGUUUUACCAGCAGAAUUCCCUAAAGGACUGCUUCAAGUCACUGGACACCACCCUGCAGUUCCCCUUCAAGGAGCCUGAGAAGAGAGCCAUCAGCAAACCGCCAGCAGGAAGCACCAAAUAUUUUGGCACAGCCAAAGCACGCUAUGACUUCUGUGCCCGGGACCGAUCAGAGCUGUCUCUCAAGGAGGGUGACAUCAUCAAGAUCCUUAACAAGAAGGGGCAACAAGGCUGGUGGCGAGGGGAGAUCUAUGGCCGGGUUGGCUGGUUCCCCUCUAACUAUGUGGAGGAGGAUUAUUCUGAAUACUGCUGAGCUUUGGCACACUGGCCGAGAGAUGAGAAACUCCAGGCUCUGAGCCCAGGAUGAACAGGCACCAGGGCCAGGAGGGGCUGUGACAGGUCCCAGCGGGUUGAGAAUCCAGGAUGGACUGUGGAGGGCCAGCAUCCAGCUGGCAGGGCUCCUGGGAUGACGCCCGCCAUGGUUAAUUUAUAACACACUGAUUUUCUCUUGGGGUCCCUCAAGAAGGUGGGGCUCAAGGCAACAGCUUCUAAUAAAAUCAUGAAAGGAAU